AUGGAAAUUAUUAAAGAUGAAUUGUAUGUUUAUGCAAGAGAUAUUAAUUAUACUGGUACAAAUUUAAUGACUAAGAUGCAACUGCCUGGAUCAAGCAAUUCAGAAUCAUUAACAUCAUCUAAGUUAACUUAUUCUAAGCUUUUAGCCGCACAUCAUAAUAUUACUGAAAAAGGCUUUGAAGCUUCAAAUUUAACGAAUCUGAUCAAUACGUCAACAUCUAAUGUUGGACCAUCAAAAUAUAUUGAGAUAAAAAAGGUGAAUGAACUUGCUAAAGAUUUACUUGGAAUUGAUGAUUUGGAACUUGCAAAUAUUACUUAUGUUAGAAAUAGAAUGCCAGUAAAUCAAAAUAUGUCUGAAGAUCAUUAUAAGGACUUGGAUAGAUCUGACAAAGAAAAAAACCCUAAUGAGUUAGCAACAGAGGAUAAUGAAAAUGAAAAAGAUGAUAAUUUUAAGUUUGCAAAAAGAGUUCGUGGUCAUGGAAGGGGAAGCAAAAAUAGAGGGCAUAGUACAUGUAAAGUAAGAAAGACAUGUAAUACUAAACUUGAACACAUGUCAUAA